AUGUCGACCGAGGGCUUCCCCAUCGCCGGGCUCAAGGGCUCCCCCUCCAGCGUCAAGACGCUCACGGACCUGUCCAGUCGCUGCCGCCGCAUGCCCGAGAACGAGAAGCUCUGUCGCCAGGUGCUCGACCGUCUCCAGUUCCUGCACGCGUCCGUGUCGCCCCUCCCCGCCGAGGACCCCCUCAAGGCCAAGUACACGGACGUCGUGGUGCGCUUCACCAAGCUCAUGCGCCGCAAGCCGCUGCUGCUGCGUCUGGCCAGCAGCGAGACGCUCGUCACGACCAUCCGCGAGCUGCAGCUCAAGCUCAGCGACGUGGCCCAAGGCCUCCACCUGGCCGACAAGCCCGAGGCCACGCGCUGGGAGCAGCAGUGGGACGCCGACCGCAACGAGCAGUUCGGCAAGCUCAACGAGCUCGUGACGGGCGCGUCCGAGCGCAUGCUCGUGAACGAGUUCCGCGGCGACAAGAAGGUGCAGGAGGCGCUCAUGAACCUCAACAGCGGCAUCAAGUGGAAGGGCCAGACGCCCGAGAUGCUCAAGCUCAAGGAGGACACCUUUGCGAGGGUCUCGGGCUACUUGAACCAGACGGGCAUGCGCAUGUUCGACUGGUUCAUCCCCAUCGACGACGUCGAGUACGAGGACGAGGCCAUCGGCAACCGCGGCACCUUCGGAGACGUGUGCAGGGGCUCGUGGAUCCACGACGGAGAGCGCACCGAGGUCGUGGUCAAGCGGCUGUUUCCCGAGACGUCGAGCGAGUCGGACGACGCCUUCCUGCGGCAGCUCGAGCUCUGGGGCGGCCUCCCGCCCAACAAGCACAUCCUCAAGCUCCACGGCGGCUCCCACGUCAGCAAGCCGCAGUUCUACAUCUGCGAGAACGCGCACUACGGCAACCUGGCCGAGUUCCUCGAGGACGACAAGCACAGCGGCCUCUUCUGGCGCAUGUUCCUGCAGGUGGCCGAGGGCGUCAAGUUCCUGCACAGCCAGAACACGGUGCACGGCGGACUCAAGUGCAAUAACAUCCUCGUGGGCGAAGGCUUCACCCCCAAGCUCGCGGACUUUGGCUUCAGCACGGUGCGCACGCUGUCGGCGGGGCUGAGUCAGAACGCGGGCCAGGCCAACGCCAAGUCGGUGCGCUGGAAGCCCAAGGAGGUGCUGGAGGAGGCGGGCACGGAGGCGGCCCGCUACGAGUCGGACGUCUAUUCGUUGGCCAUGUGCAUGAUCGAGGCCAAGACCCACGAGGUCCCCUUUGGCAUGGACGACGACACGGAGGCCAUGGACAAGAUCAUGAGCGGCGAGAGGCACGAGCGUCCUGAGGAACUGACGGACGCCGAGUGGGACUUCAUCUGCCGCCUGAGCCACCCGGACUUCAAGAAGCGUCCGACGAUCGACCAGGUGAUUGCCGAGAUCAGCGCGUUCGCUGACGCCGAGGAGAAGCAGCAGCCCAUGGCAAGUAUGGCGUAA